AUGGAGAGACGAAGGAUUAGAGCCACUGAAGACAGUAUACGAAUGGAUGAAAAUGAGUUCCGAAUAGAUAGGGUUCACCGCGUGUUCUACCGAUUAAUACGGAAUGUCAUCAUAUUCUUCAUCGGAUUCGGUGCUCCACUCAACUCAUGGCUCAAACCUAACGAUAUAUUUAGGCUAUUAUUGGAUAAACACAAAAACCUAUGGCUUUACUAUAGGAUCUAUUGUUGGCUUUUAAUACACAUCUGUUUCGUUCUCAACAUCUCAUCCCUCGUCUAUCUAUUAGUUUGGAUUAAUAAAGACGUUUCGGAAUUAUGUCAACAAAUAGUACAACUCAUAUGGAGUCUGUCGGCGUGUGUGGCCAUCGAUUCCAGUUAUUACUACAGGAACUCCACAUUACUGGAGGGCACGUGUGAGACCACUGACCAAAUUCUGGUCGACUGCACCAAAAUGGAUAAAUCCUCGCACCAGUACCUCUUAUAUGACAUCAAAGUAUAA